AUGCAUUUCAUGACUAUAAUCACCGUCUUUACUUCCGCUAUUGCUGCUCUAAGCUUGAAAGGCCGGAGAAAGCCUCGGGUCGAACUGCUCAAGGUCUCUGAAGCCCAGGCAGUUUGUGGGCCGGACACAAGUGUUCGGUGUUGCAAUAACGAGGCUGGCAAUGCGAACAACAACAAUAAACGCGGACUGUUGGGUCUUUUGUCCACGAAUCCGAAGACCUCUGACAACUGUGUCGAUCUCAGCCUGAAUGUUAUAGGAAUUCUUGAUGGCACUCUUGGGCAGAAGUGUAGUGGCAAUGUGGACAUUACCGGCGAUGCACGACCCUCUUUCGACACCUUGCUUUCUCACAUCCCAGGUGUCACGCUCAGCGACAUCUACGGUAGCUUGAGCGACAAGCAACACAACGACAUCCUUGACCAGCUGAUCGACUUCCUUACCCAGCUCCAGGCGCACCCAUGGGAUGGUAUCGGAGGAUUGACCUUCGAUCAUCGAGGCGACGUUCAGCUCGGCCCAGUCGUGGACGAGACAUUCUGGCAGGUCCCAGAUAUUCAAGCGCUUUGGCCUGAAGGGGAGACAGUGGCGACUCUGAACAUCGGAGGGCCAUACGAGACGUACGUCGAAUACAUUAUAGCACACGUCGCAAAGUACAUACGGCUCAUCCAAACCCACGAGAAGCUGGCCUUCAUGCGAGAUAUAAUUCCCCGCCUCGAAGCAUUUGUAGCCGCUCUCCCGAGACACUCCAAGGAGCUGAACAACAUCAAGCUGCGCCUCGCCCACAAAGAUUUGCACUUCGCCAACAUGAUGUACGACCCUUCGACUGGCAAGAUCACUGGUAUUCUCGACUGGGAGUUCGCUGGCGUCGUCCCAAGCCCUUCGUGGAACCCACGACGCUCGUUCCUCUGGAACGGAAUCGACACACCCGAGUCCCUGGCGCAAAAGUACAAGUUGAUGGAAGUCUUCGAGGAGCGUUGCAAGGACAAGGGCUGCACGGUUUUGGAGGAUGCUCAGUUCACUUCAACGCUUCAGGAGCACACGCAAGGUGCAGUCGACUUCUUGCGGGCUAUUGUGGAGGUGUCACCAAGAGGACAGAGGCAGGAUCUCGUGCAGAGUUGGAAGCUCAAAGUGCAGGAAAACAUUUCGUACUUUGAGGCCUAG